CAUUCAUUGGGCAGGAAUCAUGGAUCUUGAUGUGAUCGGAGAUGGUGUUCAGAAAGUGUGUUCUGAAGACUGGAACAAGGAAGAAAAGGAACAGAGUAACAUUAAGUCAGUCACACAGAUAUUCAAUGAAACGAGGAACUCACAAUUGGAACUUACCCAGAUGCAGAGUAACAUGGCCCAAAUGUUCACCGAAAUAAAAAACUCAAAGUCUGACUUCAAAAUGGAUCGCUCUCAGAUGAAAGACAAAAUUACCCAGAUGUUUGGUGAAAUAAGCAACUCCCAGACUGAUAUCAAGACCAAACUGUCACGGAUGAAGGAUAACAUUGCAGUGAGGCUUGGCGAACUAAGGAACCUCCAGGUUGAUUGCAAAAUGGAUCUUUCACAUCUGAGGCAAGACAUGACAGAGAUGUUCACCAAUGUCAGUAACUCGCAGGACCAUACCAAGUUGGAACUUUCCCAGAUGAAAGCUAAUAUUACAGGAAUUUCAAAGGAGAUGAGAAACUCACACAAUGGUAUCAUGACCCAACUUUCACAGCUGACUAAUGUUACCAGAAUGUCCGAAGAUGCAAGGCGUUCCCAGGCUGAUUUUAGGAUGAACGUUCCUGAGAUGAAGAGUAACAAAAAGUAUGGUCUUAGGGAAUUUGAGGCAGAGAGUAAAAAUGAACCAAUGGAGGAGGAGACUGUGACCGUGCAGGAAAUAAAUAGCGUGGUCGAGGCUAUAGGUCUACAGACUUGCCUGGGAGCUCAGCGGGAGAGAGAGGACCUGAUGGAAAGGAGACACAGAGAUCAUAAACAGUUAAAAAAAAAAGUGACGUUACAGGAAAAGCCGUAA